AUUUCGUUUUAGGAUAAACCGAAUAUUGAAAGGAGGAAAAAAAUAAUAUAAUACAGUUCUGUUCUAUGUCAUGUAGACCAUAAAAAAAGUGAAAAAUCCUUGAGGUUUUGAUCAACUAAUCUUAUCAGCUUGGAUAUGUGUAGUGAUAAGUAAACAAAUCAUUGGUCUCUUUUAUUUUGACCAUUUUAAUAUUAUCAUGGAUUCUAUAUCAUAGGUACUGUGUCGAAACAAAAGAAAGAAAGAUUUAGUGAAACUAUGAUUUAUUCUGACUAACAUUGUACCAAGAAAAAUGCAUAUGUCAUUUUGGUGGAGCUCUGAUGUUGAUGAUUUCUUAAUUUAUGGAUUCAACAUUAAUUCAGCUGGUUUUUUGAGUUUAUUAUGUAUUUGUGUUAUAUUUCUAUCCUUUUUCUUUGAAUGGUUACGAUACUUGCAGACAAAACAGAGACAACGGGAGUUGAUUUUGAGAGCUAAGCAAUUGAGUUUGAUCUGUGCUAACGAGAAUACUAUACUUCUAGCAAGAAACAUUACAGAUCGUAGAAAUCCCUUGAAUAUAACUGUCUGUGAUAGAGCUCUUUUGUUUAGUACGGAUUUGUCAUUAUGGUUUGCCCUGCAAAGUUUGGGUUAUAUUUUAAUGCUCAUUGCCAUGCUUUAUAAUGGAUGGUUAUUCAUAGCUUGUAUUAUUGGGGGAGGCCUUGGCUAUUUUGUUUUUGGACAGAAAUUUAUGAAAAUAAACAUGCAAAAUUGCCAGAUUAUCAGAGAUACAUAUUGCAUGGCAACCUGUGGGGAACCAGAUAUUUUGAAACAGCUGAUAAAUAACUUCAUUCAAAUGUAACCUUCUCCUAUCCCAAGUCCCUGUCCCUUGAAGAAGGUAAUAGAAAAGAUGGAGAGUCUACCCCCGCUGGAAAUAGACCUUCAACAAGCUCAGAAACAUGUCAUAUGGUAAAUGAAGACCAGUCUAGCAAUAGUGGAAAGGAAGAAUGUGAGAAAUGUUGAUCACCAAUUAUUUCCAAAUUAUACAUAACUAAUUUUCGACCUUAGGAUACCUUCUUCAACAUCAAAAUUACCAUCAGAUUACUUUCUUGUUUUGCCAUUAAAUCGUUAAUAAUAUUAGAUGUGUUUUCAAUAUUUUUAUGGGUAAUGCUUCAAGGUGAAUUUUUUUUAUUUAUGAUGGAAUAGUUUUAUUAUUAUGAAUAUUUUGAUGAUUGCAACCACGACAUUCCAAAUUUUUGUGCCAUUCUAUUUCUUCAUACUGAAUAACAUCCUUUUAAUCUAGUCUAUAAAAAUUGCUCUCUUGAUAGACAAUUUAUUAAAUUCGGAAAUAAGAAUUAGUCCUUUUCAUAAACAGAUAUGAAAAAUUGAAAUUAUAUUGAUUAUCAAAAAUGACUUAUAUUGAAUUAUAUCUUUGUAUUGUUACAAAUGUUCAUCUCAUCUCGCAUUUUAUUGAAGCUUCCUUUUUUUUGGAAUGGAAAUAAAUAUAGACUCAAGAAAUUGAAAAAAUCCUUCAAUUACAUACAGACGAAUGUUUUCUUUUUAUUUUAGGACCGUCCAAUGGAGCUGUUUCUUUGAUCAAAUUAUACAAUUCAAUUUUUUUCUUAGAACUAAAUAAAACCAUGAUAACAUCACAUACCUGCCAUGCUUUUAGUUUGAUGUAGAAUUCGUCAGACAGAAAGAGGUAUGAUGUUAUUGUUGGUUUGAUUAUAUCAAUAUUGCUUUUUUUGAAAAGUAAUUUUUGUAAAAAGUCAUUUUUAAUUAUUGUAGUAUUGUGAUAGAUAUUCUAUUUACUCAUUUUUGUCAAGCUGGUAGCUAGAACUGAGGAAUUAGAAAAUGUUCUCCUUGAAAUUGUAAGAAAUUUCAUAUAGAUAAAAAAAGCAAUGUUCUUUGAAGGCUAGUACAGACUAGGUUAUGGCAGCAUUCAUACAAGGUGCUUAAUGCAAAGCCUGCGUUUGUGUACAACUCCAUACGACCCCAUGUUUCUCAAAACGUGAGUUUGCCAUGCACGCCUAGUAUGUACCAGGCUUAAAUUUGUUAACAUUGUCAUGAAAAGUUGUUACCUAAGUGGUUACGUAUCAAUGUGCCUUAAAUUGUUGAAAAUUGAGUAAUUUUAUGUGUUCCAUAUUAUUCUGUCCAUAUUGUUUUUUAUCUAGUUUAUGUAUAAAGGGUUGAAAUAGAGUUUAUAUUUACAC